AUGAUGAACCUCGACCUGAAGAUCCCGAAGCAAGCUGAGAGACUGCGGUUGGCAUCGGCCGGACUUCCCGUGAAACAGCUGCGUGAGGCACUCCACCCUUGCAUUUGUGAUGGCUGUGGGGCCCUGCUCCUGGGAACGCGCUUCAAGUGCAUCGAGUGCUCCGACUUCGACCUCUGUGCUGGCUGCUUGCGCAGCGGCUGCCCUGCGCAACGCGCAUCUCCCGAGUGGUCACAUCGAGACACGCACACAUUGGUGGUGCUGCGCCGCAUCACCGACACAGCGCAGCUUCCACGGGCUUUCUGCUUGGCCGAAAGCUUGCAGACAGCGGAGGAGGUCCCUGGCGGCGUUCGCCACGCUCCCAAGGUGCCUUGCAUCCGAGGAUGCCAACCCAGAGACGACAAGUCGGUUGCAAUUUGCACUCGCUGUGGGUCCUUGGCCUGCUCUGGUUGCUUCCUCUGCUGUUCCGGGGCGCCGUUGCUGCGGUUCUCUGCGAAAGGCGAAGAAGCCCUGCCUACACUGCUCCGCCGAGCCAAAGCUGCUUUGAAACACCUCCCCUUUGAAGGGCCACCGGUAGUUUUGCGAGAGCCCGACACGGAGAUUCAGCUCGGAGGCCCAGUGCAGAUCGGGACCUCUGGGCGACUUGCACCUCCCGAUGGCUGCGAAGUGAGGGCUAUGACUGCUGCAGACAUGCAGGCAGUGCUUUCAGUCGAGAGCAUUUGCUUCAUGGAGCCCUACUCCCUCGAGACCUUUGAAGGUUUGAUUUGCCUGAGCUCCUCGCGAUCCCUUGUGGCCCUGCUGGAAGGCUCCUUCGCUGGAUAUCUCAUUUUGGACCUAGGUCGUUGCAGGCGCCGUGGCCAAGCAGCUUACAUCGUUAGCUUGGCGGUUCUUCCCACGUGCCGAGGGAGGGGGGUGGCAGAAAGUCUCAUGAAGCAGGCCAUUUCAGAUGCCAGGAACUCGGGUGCCGGCAGUGUGGAGCUUCAUGUGCAUACUCAAAACCAUGGUGCGCAACGGCUGUACAGACGCUGUGGCUUCCAUGUUGUUUGCAGCAUUGAAGGUUACUAUGGUGAGGUCGAUGCGCUCCAAAGUGGAGAUGCAUUUCUGAUGUCGACCGGCCCGCUGCAUCAGUAA